CUGAAGUUAUUUCUAAUUUUAUAAGUUGCGAAGUCCUGGAUGUCGAUCCUUCUUUGUCUAACCAUUCUCUGGUCACUUUUAGUAUUGAAAACUUCUUGGAUAUCCAGAAUAAUAAAAGGAAUAUUCCUUCAAAAAAGACCUAUGAUUAUGAUAAGAUGACUGAUGAUAAAUGGGAUAUUUUCA